AACGGCUCACUACUAUCCCUACCGUUAAAUUCUUUUCCAAUUUCCAUUCACCAUGAAAUAUUCAAGUCAUCAUAUUCAAUGGUUGAAAGCCUGAACUUAUAUUUACCACUAUUUUAAAGCGUUUCUAAAAAUAAAACUCAUCUCAUAAUCCACUCAAAGUUUAGAAUUUACACCAAAUUUAACCUUACUCAGGUGGCAUUAUAAGGGAAGGAACAAGAUCAAAGCAAAUCAAGGCAUAGGAAAAUAAGAAACAAAGAGUAAGAGAGAGGGAAGCCCCGAAACACAAAAAAGAGAAAAGGACAGGAGCAAACAAGUUCUUGCUUUCUGUUCCUUUCUCUUUUCUGUUUCGUCAUAUUUUUUUCUUCUUCAGGGGCUCUCUCUCCCUAAUCUUGAUCUGUUACAAAUGGCCUCCAGUGCUUUUGCCGGAACCCAACAAAAAUGCAAGUCUUGCGACAAGACCGUGUACCUCGUCGACAAAUUGGUUGCGGAUACUCGCAUCUACCACAAGUCUUGCUUCCGUUGCCACCACUGUAACAACACCCUUAAGCUGAGCAACUUCUGUUCAUUCGAGGGAGUUCUGUACUGCAGGCCUCACUUUGACCAGCUCUUCAAAAGAACUGGCAGCCUCGACAAGAGCUUUGAAGGAACUCCUAAAGUUACCAAGCCUGAAAGAUCCAUUGACAGCGAGAACGCGAGCAAGGUGUCAAACCUGUUCGCGGGAACAAAAGAGAAGUGCAAGCAGUGCACAAAAACUGUGUACCCAAUUGAGAGGGUGACAGUGAAUGGAACAUGGUACCAUAGGAAGUGCUUCAGGUGCUCAUAUGGAGGAUGCACAAUCAGCCCAUCAAACUACAUUGCACAUGAAGGAGUAUUGUACUGCAAGCACCACCAUAUCCAACUCUUCAAGGAGAAGGGCAACUACAGCCAGCUCGAGAGCGAUAACGACGAGGAUCAACUCCCGGUUGGCCUGAAAACACUGGCUCCAGGGAUUGCUGCUGCUUGAUUGACUGGUUGGGUUUUGAUGGGUUGAUGUUGGUGUGGUGUGAUUUAGGGUUGGACAUUGCUAGUAGGUGGAAACUUUUGUGUUUUCUUUUUUGGAAUUGGAAACACUCUGAAGAUGGUUGUAAUGUGUAGGCAAGUGAAUUGGCCAUAUAGGACCUAUGUUUUUCAACCUUUAAAGAAAAAUAACAAAAAAUUAUGUUCUUUGUUCUCAAUGUGUUUGUUCACUUGCUUUGUUUUGUUUGCUAUACGCUAACUUACUGUUUCGAGUUAGACAACAUUAUGAUUCAAGUUUAUGGUAUCUUCGGUGUUCUUGAUUUGUGGCGUACACACAUUACAUUCUUACAUAAAAUUAAACUUUGCCUAUUAGUUUAAUUCAUAAACAAAAACCUUGACUAUUAGUUUGUACAUUUUAAUCACUUUUGUUGUUAUCACCUAGAAUUCCAAUAGUGACUAUAUGAAAUUAUAAAGCUAUAGCCUAUACCAAACAAGUAUUAGAAAUACAUUAAAAAUAAUUGUAAACCAUUUUUAUAUAAAUUCAGAAGUUUUUUUGUUCAUAGUUAGUUUGUUAAACAAAUUGUGAAGAUUUUAAGACGGAUUGGAUCACAAAAUGAUGAUUAUUAGUAUUACCAAAGGCAUACCAUAGAAUAGAAAACGUACCGACAAAAGAAAAAAAGAGAAACAAUAAAAAUGUGAAGAUUUU